AUGUGUUUCUCUGUCUUGAGGAGGUCGCUGUAUGGCCUGUAUCCCUACAAGUCCAGCAUGAUUGGCCUGGAAAACCUGGGCGAUCCGUCGGGUAACUGGGACAUCGUGGAGACCAUCGGUAAAGGAACGUAUGGCAAAGUCUACAGGGUGACCAACAAGAAGGAUGGAAGUGAGGCAGCAGUGAAAGUUCUGGACCCAAUCAAUCAUGCGAGCCAUUCAAACAGAGAUGUGGAUGAGGAGAUAGAGGCUGAAUACAACAUCUUGAGGUCCCUGUCCAACCACCCGAAUGUGGUGAAGUUUUAUGGCAUGUUCUACAAGUCAGACAAUCUAUCAGGCGGACAGCUGUGGCUGGUGCUGGAGCUGUGCAAUGGCGGCUCCGUCACAGAACUCAUCAAAGGUCUGCUCAUGCGAGGCCAGCGUCUGCAGGAGCCCGUUAUCUCAUACAUCUUAUACAGCGCCCUCUUGGGUCUCCAGCAUUUGCACAACAACCGGAUUAUCCACCGUGACGUCAAAGGCAACAACAUCCUCCUGACGAACGAGGGAGGAGUCAAACUGGUUGACUUUGGUGUUUCAGCUCAACUGACCAGUGCACGGCUGCGGAGGAAUACUUCAGUGGGGACUCCGUUCUGGAUGGCUCCUGAGGUCAUAGCCUGUGAACAGCAGUAUGAUUACUCGUACGACGCCCGCUGUGACGUGUGGUCCCUCGGCAUCACGGCCAUCGAGCUGGCAGACGGAGACCCCCCCCUGGCUGAGAUGCAUCCAGUCAAAGCCCUCUUCAAGAUCCCACGAAAUCCCUCCCCAACAUUACGAAAUCCAGAACAGUGGUGCAGGAGUUUCAGUCAUUUCAUCGGACAGUGCCUGAUAAAGGAUUUCGAGGCACGUCCGUCUGUGACCCACCUCCUAGAGCAUCCCUUCAUCAAGCAGGCCCACGGCAAAGAGGUGGCUCUCCGGCAGCAGUUAGCUGCUCUAAUCGAGGAGCAGCAAGAAAUGGGCUGCAAAACCAAAACCAAGCACGAGCGGAUCAAUACUCGUAAAACCCUCAUAAUAGAGAGCAGCCCCGAUGAUGAUCUGGUAAACCUGGAGUUCUUAGAUGAGGAGACAAUAAUCAGCCAUCUCCAAAAAAGAUACGAUGAGCUCCAGGUGUACACCUACGUUGGUGACAUCCUCAUCGCGCUCAACCCUUUCCAGAACCUCAGCAUCUACUCUCCCCAGUUCUCUAAGCUGUAUCAUGGUGUGAAGCGGGCUAACAACCCUCCACACAUCUUUGCUACUGCAGAUGCAGCGUACCAAGGCAUGGUGACAUUCUGCAAAGACCAGUGCAUCAUAAUCAGUGGGGAGAGUGGCGCUGGAAAAACAGAGAGCGCUCAUUUAAUUGUUCAACAUCUGACCUUCUUGGGAAAGGCAAACAAUCGGACGCUGCGUGAAAAGAUAUUGCAGGUGAACCCCCUCGUCGAGGCCUUCGGAAAUGCCUGCACAGCGAUCAAUGACAACUCCAGUCGCUUUGGGAAGUACCUUGAGAUGAAGUUCACGCCGACGGGAGCAGUGAUCGGGGCCAAGAUAUCCGAAUAUCUGCUGGAGAAGUCGAGGGUCAUCAAACAGGCCAUGGGGGAGAAAAACUUCCACAUAUUUUAUUACAUAUAUGCUGGACUUUACCACCAAGACAAGCUGAAAACGUACAGGCUUCCAGACAAGACACCUCCCAUGUACAUAGACAACCAGCACUGCAAAGUCAUGCAAGACAUUGUGUCCAGCAAACUGUACAAGGAGCAGUUUGAUGCAAUUCAGGAGUGCUUCCGAAACAUUGGUUUUACUGAAGAGGAAGUCAACUCUGUCUACAGAAUUCUCUCAGCCAUUUUGAACACAGGCAAUAUUGAAUUUGCAGCCAUCACAUCCCAACACCAGACUGAUAAGAGCGAAGUACCAAACUCAGAGGCCUUGGAGAACGCUGCGUCUCUCCUCAACAUCGGCCCUGAGGAGCUCCAAGAGGCGCUGACCUCUCAGUGCGUGGUCACCAGAGGCGAGACCAUCAUCCGCACCAACACCGUGGACAAAGCCACCGACGUGCGAGACGCCAUGUCCAAGGCCUUGUACGGACGCCUCUUCAGCUGGAUAGUGAACCGCAUCAACUCCUUGCUGCAGCCUGACAUGAAUACCUGUGCCGCGGAGAGUGGCAUGAACGUGGGAAUCCUGGACAUCUUCGGAUUCGAAAAUUUCAAAAAGAACUCCUUUGAACAACUGUGCAUCAACAUCGCAAACGAGCAGAUCCAGUUUUACUUCAACCAGCACAUAUUUGCCCUGGAACAGGGAAAAAGAAGGCAAGGAAAUCUGGCAACAUCCAGGGUGAGGAUCACCGCCGCCUCCAGAUCUCUGCCCCCGCAGCUCAGUUCAGGACGCACCAAGUCUCCCAAAUACCUAUUGAAGGUGGACACCAUGGAGAUGAUGCGGCACCCAGAAGAAACCACCAACAUGAGGAGACAGACAGUGGCCUCCUACUUCCGUUACUCCCUGAUGGAUUUGCUGUCUAAAAUGGUGGUGGGUCAGCCACACUUUGUGCGCUGCAUCAAACCCAAUGAUGACAGGCAGGCGCUGUGCUUCUGCAAGGAGCGGGUAAUGGUGCAGCUGCGCUACACCGGGAUUCUGGAGACGGUGAACAUCCGUCGACAGGGUUACUCCCACCGCAUCCUGUUUGAAGAGUUUGUCAACAGGAGUUUCCCCUGUCAGCACCCUAGUAAAAACUCUGGAUCAUCCUGGAGGGGCUACGUUGCUCGGCAGAACCUCAAGCAAAUAAAGAAGGAGCGCGGAGAGGCCGCUGUCCGCAUACAGUCAGCUUACAGGGGCCAUCGGGUGCGUCGCGACCGUGGACCCCAAAGGCACAGAUGUCAGCCCGAGGCUGGCAGAAAGACCACCGAGGAGGAGCAUACGAGGUCUAUCAGCCCGAAGAGUAAAGAGUCACAUGCAGAUCACAUACACAGAGGAAAUGUUGGCCCCGACAGCCGAGACAGACAAGUGAAAGACUUCAAGAGAGACAAAGGCAGAGCGGAAGACAGUGUAACGAAGCCUUGCAGGGAGACAGCUAGGCUGCAAGACAUGCAGUGUAAACAAGGUCCAGUGAUGAAGCUGCAGCAGAGGACUCCUCGCCGGCGGGGCCAGCAGCCCAAGCUGCUCAACAGCCCUGAAGACAGCCUGUACUACAACCAGCUAAAUAGAACUCUGGAUUACCAGGGGAGCAAGAGGAAGCCGAGAAAACUUGGUCAAAUCAAAGUGCUGGAUGGAGAAGAUGAGUACUACAAAUUACUGUCAACAGUGGAGUCGAUCCCUGAGGAAGACUACGCACCCGCCCCCUCUCCCGCCCUUUCUACUGGGCCUCUCGUCAGUCAAAGCUGAGCCUUACAACCAUGUCAACCGAAUUAUAUCUUCAUCACUGAACUGGACCAAAACAAA